CCGUAUCGCCACCUAUGGUCGCGCCAAAUUCCAUUGAAUGGUACCGAAUGUCAUAUAUUACAGGAAACAUGAACACUACUACACCGAGACAAGUUUUUGGAAAUGCACAGUCUGUUCAGAACCUCGGUCGUGCCCCACCUUUUGCUGGACAGCAGCGAACUACUGGGCCUGGCCAAGCUUCAGGUAGACCUUGCCCUACCUUUGUGCCUCUGUCACCUGACGAACAUGUGAUCAUCUGUAGAAGACACAAUCCAGUCGGAGGCAGCGAGCCGGGAGAUUUAAAUGAUCUGGAGCAAGAAGUACUCGGCCUGUUCAAUACUCCACCAAAGACUCCUAAAGAAUCUACGGCUUCAAGAAAACGCUUGCAGCUUUCGCCCAGUUCCUCGACAGAUGGUGACUAUAGGUUUGAGCCACCCAGGACUAGUAGUCCAUUCCCGCUGCUGAACAGGAGCUUUUCCGAACCGAAGAAGCUGAGACUACACAGGCCGCAGCAUCACAUCCCGCUGCUAACACAACUGCAGGGCCUCAGUCACUCACAGCUAGUCGAUACCAUCGAGCAGCUUCUGGAGCACCAUCCAGAUCUCGAGAAGGAGUUGAGCGACAUUCUUCCAAACCCAGAUCUACAUCCACUAGAGGAGCAGCUUUCUCAGCUUAAGCAUAAUGUUUAUCGGUCCUUUCCAUCUGUGAGGUUUGGCUCAUCACGCAGGGAUUCUUACUGUUACAAGAGGGUUUCCACUCACCUUGUUGCAUUCAAGAAAACAUGCUUGGAACAGGGUCGGGUGCUUCUGAAGGCUGAAAGCUGGCUUGCAGCACUAGAGUACGUGUUCAUGGCGUGGACCUACACUGGGCAGCUACCACAGUGGGAGGAUCAUGCGCAUAAUAAAUGCAAGCUGUCCUGUUACAGGGGCCUAGCUGUGCAGUGCAUGUACGUCCUAAAAAAUGCUGUUCUGGAAAAGGAACAAUACAGAGACAUCAGGGAGCAGAUUGUCUGGUCGAAUGAGAUGUGCGGCGAGAUUGAGCCGUGCAUCAGAAAGAUAAAUGCCAUCCUUGAUACCCUACCCUGAGUGGCAGGAGUACCCAUAGUCAAUUCUAGCAGCUCAACGUAAGUCACCUGUAAAACCUAGGAUACCCGUAAAUGAACUGCUUAAAAACGUGAUGUUACAUGAAGUUUUGCAAUUAAAAUUGUAGACAAGGGAAGCUCUGCGGACAACCUCUAUUUGCUGUGUUGAUAGAAUGUCCACAGACCUGUGUUAAUUGAGUUUAAUUUGAAGGAUUUAUAUUCUUGUUAGUUAAUUUGAUUGUACGUAUGUGCAACAAGUGAGGGUUUUGUAAUUUUUGCAGAUAAUGUAAUGUAGGUUAUUGUAGAUUUAAAUUACAAACUAGUUUUUAAUUGUUGAUAAUUGAAUUGUUAGUCUUAAAUGGUCAAUGGCCUUUUCUGUUUUUGUACUAUGCUCAUUUCUUACUAGAUGAUGGAAGUAUAUCUUAACAGAAUUAAAGCAACCAUAAUUUUAAUAUUUAAAUAUUUUUGUAAAAAUCCGUGUGUGAUACGUUUGUUGCGUGUAAAGUGGUAGCACGUAUUAAUUAACAAAUUGCAAUUAGCCAUGUGUUGAAUUAGCAUCAUGGUUAAUUAGACAAUUCCAGUUAUUGUACUUCUCGACCGUGAAUAGUCAUUAUUGUUAAAUGCAUUUUACUUCUACUGAAAAUCACUGCUCAAUUUGCUGUUAAAAUUACACCUCAGUUAUUAACAAUAUUCUCUACCUGAUCUCACCAUAGUACGUUCCAAAUAUUAUUUGCAGGGUACUUAAAAGCAAAAGAUAUUCGGUAUUUUUAGACUUGAUAACUAUUAGUAAAGCUUACAAUUUUUUAACCUUGAAUGAUGCAUUUCCAUGGGAGUUUUAAAAUGUGUGCGAGCUGACAACGUAUGUGUAUAAACUCUGUAUGAGUAGUUUGUUAAUAUAAAUUAGAAUUUUACUAUAACAUUAAUAAUAUUUGCAGUAACUUGACCCUUGCGGGACAAACAAUGAAAUAAGCAAUGUACAUUUACCAAAGGUAUUGUUGCUGUACCUUAUCAGCAAGUGUCUUGUUUAGAAACCGUUGUGUGUUUAAAGUUAGCUAGUGUAUUUUAUCGGUGAUAACGGUUAACGUUUGUGCCAAAAGUUGUACAUUUAUAGUUCAAAAUUGUAAAUAAAGUUUUGUGUUCUAUAAA